GGAAAAAGAAGAAGAAGAGGAUGGAGCGCUCAAACAUGGCCGCUAAAGGAAGCAGAAACAUCAAUCAAGGUGCAAUCGAGAAAGUCGUUAACCGCUGGCUUGUGGAUUAUUAUUUUUCUCUGGCAGUGGAGUUCUUCAGAAACCACCAGCGUGAUGACUUUUGUGCAAUUCGAGAGUUGUUGGACGCUCUCCUCCGACGUCCAUUAGAAUCCGUCGAUGGCUUCCCCAUAAAGAUCAGGUUGUUGCAGUUCCUGUCACGCAUUUAUGAAGGCGAAAAACUUGAUAUGGAGUUUGACCCAGAUGGGUCGAAAAGCCCCCUGGAAUUGGCCCUAAACUUGCUGGAAAGUCUGAGGACAUGUGUCCAAGUUCCCCAAAAGGAUUUUGACCAUGCGACCACAUUAGUUAAAGAGAUGAUCAUUGGGCUUUUCAUAAAGAACAAAAGGUUUGAUAAAGCAAAAGAAGCACUUCAUCUGUACUUUCCCGUACCAGAUAAUAACAAGAGGAUCGCAUUCAAGAGUCUCAUCUGUCAGAAGAGCAACACUCACGAGGUCAUCGACCAAAUCAGCUUUCCACAGUUCAAGGAGGAGAUCCUGGACUUUUGCCUGAAGCUCUUCCCGUUUAAUGUCCCCUUUCUUCACAAGGCUGCAAAGUCUCUUCUAGAGCAAAGAUCUGAUGUGGUAGUUGAACCCAGUCCGUGCUCCAGCCCACAAAUAAGCUACAUUCAGCCCAGAUCAAGUUCUGUCAAAUUCUGCAGAAAGUGUCAGUUCAUCCAGAAGAUCAGACUUGAAGUGGCCUACAAAGCCCUGGCAGAGGAUUCGGAAGAAACAUUUUCUGACUUGGAGGAAGAAGUGGAGGUAGAAGCCCAGGAAAGAACGUGCGUGUCCCUGCAACCCCCGGUGGAUCCGAGGAGAGACGCUGAUCAGAGGUCGGAGCAAAAAGAGCAGACUGAGAGAAACUCAUGCAGCCCUAUGGAAGCAGACCAGCCCCCCCAGACGGAUGCAGCGCAGCAGGCGCAGACGGGGUCGCUCUCCAAGACAUCCUACACCGUGGCCCGGUUGGUGGUUGAACCAGACAGCCUGCCGAGCUCACAGUGCACAACGGCUCCAGAGGAGCUGGAAACCAAGACUUGGACAGAAUUGCCACCACAGACACCAGCUCCAUCACAUACAGAGCUGACUGACCUGCAGUGCCCAAUCACAGACAAAGAAGUUGUGCUUCCCACAAGAACGCAGCCCAGGCGAAGCAGCAAAACAGUGGGCAGAGUUUUGGCUAGUUUUGCUGAAACCUCUUCUGACAGUGAGGACUCCCUCCCUCCCACUAAUGGGAGUACAGAACUGGACGAUGAACUCCAGGACCAAUCGAAUAAAUCACUCAGCAAAAACUCCAUCAAAUCCCGAGCAUCAUCAGAAGAGGCGUUUGAGCAACAGGAGCGCUCGAACUUGUCCAAAACACCGAUGAAGAGAGCUUCCAAAAAGACAUCCAGACGUUCUCCACAACAUGAGCCCAGCAGUGUAGAAGAUAUCUGUGUAUCAGACCCAUCUCUGGACAGCUCGCCCAGCGUGUCCUCUCAUCGCCCCGUCCCUCAGAAGAGCUCCACUCCUCACAAGGAGGCUCAAAGCGAGGCGGGCCACGAUCCAGAAGGGACGUCUCCCGCGUCUACCAGUAAAAGAAAAUCUCUGAGGGUAGAACAAGCCAAAGACGCAACAGAGGAAAAAGAAAUGUGGAUCGACGAGGAUAGCUUUUUCCCCACCCAUCAUAAACGAGGAUCAAAUGAAAGCAGUCUCUCAAACCCAGGCCACAGAAAAAGGAGGUGGACUGAGGCCGAGUCGGAGAAGUUAAAAGAAGGGGUGAAGAAGUACGGAGAGGGAAAUUGGAGCAAAAUAAGGUCUUUUUACAGAUUUAAUGACCGAAGCAAUGUGAACCUGAAAGACCGGUGGAGGACAAUGAAAAAGCUCAAAUUGGUUUAAGUCUGUUUUCUUCUAUUUUCAACCUAACUUUUUGUUCUGUAAUUCAUUUUCGUUGUAGAAAACAUGCCCUUUAAACGACGUUAAAUUCAUAAUGUCACUGGUUCACAGAUUUUUUUUUCCCCACAGCAAAAAAAAAAAAAAACUGUAAGAUUUGGUUUAAUUAUUUCUUUGUUGCCUUUUGUGGCAGAUAAAAAACAAACACGCUUUUUUUUUUGUAACUCCUGCAUUAAAGUUGUUGGCUACAGAUAUCAGU